UUAGAAUACUAUUUGCCGAACGGAUAGGAACGUGCGCGCGUGUAGGUACGCAAGGUGUCCGCCAUAAAAGGCACCAACGUUUCGAAGAAAUUCAGUACCAAAUCCAGUGGUUCCGCGUUGAAUCGUCGAUUUUGAUCGGUAAAGUGUCUUGACCUUUGCGCAUCUUUGACGGAUAUGAAGGCCGUAGUCGCUGUAAUCCUGUUAUUGUCGGUGGUUGAAGGCAGUGUUUUCUGGAAAGACAUUUUAAGUGGACAAUGGAGAGGGCCUCAACAAUCGUGUCCCCCAGGACAAUCAUGUUCGCUACCAGGACAAUCGUUUCAACAGCCUAUGCAAACAUUCCAUCAGCAUAGAGAAUCUUUCCAACCACCUGGACCACUAUACCCAUAUCCUGGAUUUGUUACAGGAAGACACCACCUGCAACACUGGAAUCCCCAGCAGCAACAACCAAGCACUGCCAUAGACAUUACCAAUGCUGAAUGGGUUUGCCAUAACCCAAAAACCGGCAACAUGAUGAUUAUUGCUACCGUCGAUGGAACAGAGACAAUGACUAAUGGACCACCCCAAAAUGAACUUCCUAAUCACGAGGAAAAUCCGACCACUGGAAACUCUAACAUCGGAAAUCCCGGUUCGGGAGCUAACCCUACUACAGGAAAUGACGCAGACGAAUCUUCCAAACAACACGGUGGAGAAGGACUCAUCGACAUUAGAAUAGGAAGCAAUUAAAUAUGAAUAAGAUACGGCACUGCGGAAUAAUUGGCAAGGUUAGGUAAAAGAGUAUAAUAGUCAAUCUUAUAUUUGUAUUUCGUAUUUUAUCAUGUAUCAAACUAUGACACGAAUCAAGAAAAUAAAAUGCAAGAAUGUUACCCAUGGCACCAGAUGCGGAAUAAUUCACGAGCGGUAGACCCUUCAAAACCUAUUUGUUACGAUUAAAGUUAAUACUAAUACACUUACUGAAAAAAAAACCCACACACAACAGGAGUUUGUUUAAACUUUACUGUAUUGAAAACGUUAAACAAUGUUUAACUUUAAUGUACAACUUUAUGGUCAAAUUAAUAAGGCAACGCUAAUAAAAGAUAUAGAAGAAUAUCAGUCGGAAAGUGACAAUGUCUGGCGAGUCAAAAUCGCAUUACGAUGGCUCGUGUCGCUUGCCAGCGCCUGGGGUUGCCGUUUGUCGUAUACCGUCCUAAGCCUGCAACAAUGAAAAGUCCGUGAUAGGUGCAGCAUGAGUAAGUGAGACGAAAGAUCCCCGAACGGUGACCUUGCCGGCGCCGGCGAAUGGAAUCUCAACGUUUCAAGAGCGAGAGAGAAAGACUCAUAUUCACCGUCCCUCUCAACUCUCGAAAUUGUCCGAAGUCAUCCGAAGCGCUGGGCUCACGUACGCGCGGAUCGUGGAGUUGUGUGCAUGGUGGGGGAAAUUCUCGAUACUCCGGCCAUUAUCUUUAGCAUCACUGAAUACAGUACGGACCGAAUGAAAACUAUCAAAACUUCCUCACUGUACCGCAGACGGCGCUGCAGUCGGAAAUCUUCGUAUCUUACAACACUGUCUAGGCAUGCUCAAUGUCAAGAAUACCAACUAUUUCGCUACAAACCCAUUGCAAAACACUUGGGCGUUUUGCUGUUGAGAACACUGAACAUAGGUUUAAAAUUAAUUUAGUCUGUCUACCGCUAGAUGGAUUUUCGUUGAAAAAAAAUCUUUGUACGAUAAGCAAACCUAAAAUCUGUUUUUCACUAAAUUCAACAAUUCUUGUAAAUAGAUUAUCAAUUGAAACGUUAAAAGAAUAUCACAAAUAAGAAAUGGAAUAAACUGUUUUAUAUAGUCUAUGUAAAAAUAAAAAAAGAGUAAUUUUCUAAUGGUAUCAAGAAAAAGAUAUGACGUUAUAAACGAAACACCUGAAUCUAUUAUCUGUACUUUAAAUACAUGUUUUCUUUAAACCCUCCUUAGAAUUAAACCGUUAUAAUUAAUACUUUUAAAUACUGUUCGCCACUUUUUAAAGAAAGUUGGCACUGAGAUAUAAUAGAGGACGCUGCGACAAAAAGUGGCAAGCAUUUUGGAAUAUAUUACUAUCUCGAACAACAUAACCUUAAAGGGUGCCUUGAUAACCCGCUGUCGGCGGAUGAACUGUCAAUUCCGGUGUAUUUAGGGAGAGUGUUGCGUGCCGUAUCGUUUGCCAGAAAUUUGGGAAAUUCGUGUCGACUGACCAGAGUCCACGAAUUUCCGAAGAUCUUCCUACAAAUCAGUAUUCACAGCAUUUGAAAUAAAUAAAUUACUUUUAAUACGCGACCGCACCCGUCUUUUGCCUAGUUAGGUGCGGUGAUUCAUAGAGAUAAUUUUCAUUAUCGCCCGUUUACUCGGAUAAUAUCGUAUGUAAAUUCAUCGAAUUCUCUGUAAAAAUCAGUGGCAAAAUGACAGAUGUUCUUAGCUUAGGUGUCGAUGCUAUCAGCUGUCAUGCUUGGAAUAAAGACAAAAAAGAAGUGGCUGUCUGUCCAAAUAAUAACGAGAUUCAAGUUCACAAACGUACAUCGAAUGGUUGGAAAUUACUGCAGAAUCUACAAGAACACGAUAUGCAUGUCAUGGGACUCGAUUGGGCACCGAAUACUAACCGUAUAGUAACCUGUUCCGCGGAUAAGAAUGCAUACGUUUGGACGCAAGAAGGAGAUGGAAAGUGGAAUCCAGCUUGGGUGCUCUUAAGAAUAAAUCGAGCUGCAACUUGUGUAAAAUGGUCUCCUUUAGAAAAUAAAUUUGCCGUCGGAUCUGGAGGUAGAGUAAUAGCUGUAUGUUACUUUGUCUCUGAGAAUAAUUGGUGGCAAUGUAAGCAUAUAAAGCGUCCGUUAAGGUCCACUGUAACCACAGUCGAUUGGCAUCCAGACAACAAAGUUUUGGUUGCCGGAUCCACUGACUACAAAGUUCGUGUCUUUAGCGCUUUUAUCAGCGACAUGGAGGAUGCGCCAGGGACAAGUCCUUGGGGUCAAAGUAAUACUUUAGGAACGUUACUCGCCGAAUUCCAAAACAGUCCCAAUGGAGGGGGUUGGAUACAUUCUGUUGCAUUUAGUCCUUGCGGUAAUAAAAUUUGUUGGGUGGCGCACAAUUCAUCUAUAUGCAUCGCGGAUGCUACCAAAGGAAAUGCAAUUGUACGAUUGUACACAAAGCAUUUGCCAUUUUUAAGUUGCGUUUGGAUGGGAUCCAAUUCCAUUGUUGCCGCGGGUCAUAGUUGUAUGCCCAUGCUAUAUUCCAUAGACAACAAUGGUCAACUGUGUUUUGUAUCGAAGUUAGACAACACACAAAAAAAAGAAGCUGCCGGAUUAUCGGCGAUGCGUAAAUUCCAAUCGUUGGAUCGGCAAGCGAGAACCGAUACGAACGACAACGCCUUGGACAGUAUACACCAAAAUACAAUUAACUGCGUACGCAGAGUAUCCGAUAACGAAUUUAGUACGAGCAGUUUAGACGGUCAACUCGUAGUAUGGGAUCUCAAGCUUUUAGAGAAUUCCAUCGCCGGUCUCAAGAUAGCAUAAGUAAAAUUUUUUUUAUAUCAUAAAGAUGGAUGAAGAUAUUACAUCAAACUCAAAGAUGUAUAAAUGUUAAAACUGAAAAAAAUAUACAAUUUCUCAUUACUUUC